AACAGAAGAAAAAGGCAAAACAUAAACAAUAAAGUUUUCAGUUGAGCCUCUGAUAUGGCAAACCUACCUCAGUCUUUCUCAAUCGGCGUUGGCGGUUUCGGUAGCGGCGGAGCGGCAGCAUCCUCUUCCUCUUCAGUCGGAGCUCCGGCGGAUAAGGAUCGCAAAAUGCAAUCCGCUGAACAGCUUGUGCUUGAUCUCAGCAAUCCUGAUCUUCGAGAAAACGCUCUUCUAGAACUUUCCAAGAAGAGGGAACUGUUCCAGGAUUUGGCCCCCUUGUUGUGGAACUCAUUUGGUACUAUCGCUGCACUGCUACAGGAGAUAGUUUCCAUCUACCCUGUUUUGUCACCACCAAACCUGACUCCUGCUCAAUCCAAUAGAGUUUGUAAUGCACUAGCACUUCUUCAGUGUGUAGCCUCUCACCCUGACACCAGAAUGUUGUUCCUCAAUGCGCAUAUUCCGUUGUAUUUGUACCCUUUUCUUAAUACAACAAGCAAGUCAAGACCUUUUGAAUAUCUGAGGCUUACUAGCUUAGGUGUCAUUGGUGCCCUGGUGAAGGUAGAUGACACUGAAGUUAUCAGCUUUCUCCUAUCGACAGAGAUAAUUCCCCUGUGCUUGCGUACGAUGGAGAUGGGGAGUGAACUGUCAAAAACAGUUGCAACUUUCAUUGUGCAAAAAAUCCUUCUUGAUGAUGUGGGUCUGGAUUACAUCUGUGCCACAGCUGAGAGGUUUUUUGCAGUAGCCCGAGUUUUAGGGAAUAUGGUUGGUGCACUCGCUGAACAGCCUUCAUCAAGGCUGCUGAAACACAUAAUUAGGUGCUACCUUCGUUUGUCAGAUAAUGUUAGGGCAUGUGAUGCACUGAGAAAUUGUCUUCCGGAUAUGCUUAGAGAUACCACCUUCAGCAGCUGUCUUCGUGAGGAUCCAACAACGAGGAGGUGGCUACAACAGUUGAUCCAUAAUGUUAGUGUGCCUCGGGUUUCUUUGCAGGCUGGAGGUUUUGAUCAUAUGCUGGUGAACUCAUUGAGUUCUCACAAUUAGGACUUAAUUGAGACUUCCUUGGAUCUUUCACUGAGUCCCACAUUGGUGGCUUGGUUGGAGUAUUUAAGGUGUAUAAUAGGAAUGCCUAUCUUUACGCGUAUUGCCAUAGCGUAUUUUGUGAAUUUUGGAGAUUGGCAACUUUAUUAUUUGCUACAAAUAGGAGACCAACAAUGUUAUUAGACAAUCUAGCAAACUUUAUUUAUGCAGAUAUGGAUUUUAUCCUCCUUGAUGAGAUAUAAAGGUGAGAGAGCUCAGUGCAUUUACUGAGUAGACUUCCCUGAUUAAA